UGCGGGAAGUUCAAAGUUGUUUACAGUAGUUUACAGUUAUAUUUCACAGAAAUAAAUGGGCCUAAAUAUUAGAAUCUAGAGCUACUAGAAACAAAUAAAGGAUGCGGCGAUGAAGAAUUUAAUACAGAUUCUAAUAUCUGAUAUCACUGCUUUUGACGAAAAAAUAAAAUUAGUUGAAAAAGAAUUGAAAAAUGGUGUGGAUCCAAAUGCAGUUUAUGAUGCCUACGAUGUGUCCGCAAUGCAUCUGGCUGCUGGGCAAGGAUUUGUUAUUACAGAAUUAAUUCUGCGCUAUGGGGGUAACCCAAAUGUUGAAUCCUCAGAAGGUGUAACACCACUUCAUAUUGCUGCUUCAUGGGGUGAUGUCAAGACACUAAAGUUGCUGUUUAAGUAUGGGGCCAAGGUCACUCAAGAUCAGGAUGGUAAAACAGCGUAUGAUUUAGCUGUUGAGGAAGGCCAUGAUGAAUCUGCCAAGCUGAUCCGCCAGUACACCGUCAAUACAGUUAUCAGAGAUUAUGUGCUCUCAAGUUUGGCUGAUGACAAACAACAUGAGCUUCAAGACCAGACCCUUGAAUACGAUCAGUUUCAAAUAGGGGAAGAUCUUCAACAGCCUGAGACAAUUACAGAACAGUUGUACAACUUUUUAGAGGCUGGCCAGAGAGUUUAUUUUGAUGCCACCUCUCCCAACAACAUCAAGCUAGGAUCAAAGCUGUUGCAGAACAAAGUGGGGGGCAAGGGGGAUUUAGAUGAAGCUAAGGAUGAGGACAAAUUAGAAUCUUUUCAUGAUUCUAAUGUUUUUCAAGAAACUUUGAGUGUAAAUAAAUCCAAGUUACAGCAGUCAAAUCCAAAUAGUAACAAUAAUUGUAAGAAUGUAUCUCUUAUUCAAGAAAAAGCAAUUACAGGUGGGAAAUCCCCUUCUACUGAAUUUGUUGUACCUGAAACACUUACAUCUCAUAGUAAAUUAUAUCCAACCCUGGAUUCUGAGAACCACCUAGAGCAGCCAAUGCCAAAAGAUCUGGACAAGACUCCUGUCAAAGCUGCAAGUCCCUGGUCAAAGAGUGAGCAGAGAAAAGAAUCAAGUGAUGACUCAACUCUGACACUUGUGAAUGACCGGUCUAGUGGGUCCACUCAGGUGUGCACAUCACAGGCCAAGGCUAAAUAUUUAAAGUUCAACUUGCCAAAAUCUGUUGCUAGUCCACAAGACAGGGUGGCAGAAUUUAUUUUAAACUCUGCUAACUUUAUGGACAAGUGUAGUAUUCUUGAAGCUGAUCAGAAAGAUAACUCCAUUCAGCCAUUAGGCAAGAGAGGUAACUCAUCUCAUCCAUCUGCUGCACCUGGGGUAGAAUUGGUUCCAACAGAACCAACCAAAGGUAAACAACCUCUACAGUCCUGUGUAGGUAACAAGAGUUGUUUAAAUGACACAGGUUUAUCUUCAGAUUUGUAUACAACUUGUGAUGAAGGGUUUGAUGAAAACACAAGUAACACAGCUCAAUGUGACAUCAACAAGCAGUGGCCACAUAAGUUUGUAGGUUCAAGUCCCAUGAAGACUGACCAAGUAUUGCCAUCCAAGUUACCAGCAUUAAGUCAACUGGACACAGACCAGCCCAAUCAAGUGAUGAAAGCUUAUAAGCCAGGCUGGAAGUCCCCCACACAGAUGUUGUUGGAUGACACUUUGAUGACAUUAGAUGGCAGCUUUCAUGUUCAGCACCCUCAGGCUUGUGGCACACACAAGCAGAAAACUACACAACUCUUACAACAACCAGUUCUUAAUGGUAAGGACAAAGUAUUCGCAGCUCCUUGGGAGAGUCUAAGAUAUUCUCUAACAGCUCCAAAGAAACGAAUUUCCAAUGAAAGUAUUUUCAGCACAAUCUCAGUGAAAGAUAUAGUGGAUGGGAAAACUGGCCUGACACUGGUAGAGCGCCUGCUGCCAUCUGACUGUGGCAGCCUCAGUGACCGCAGGUCUCUGGACAGCUCAGUUACCACAGGAUCAACUUUCUCUGAGGAGACGCAGAUCUACGACUGGUCCAUGCUGCAGACCAGGCCAAGUAAACCAGUAGUCCAGCAGACAGGUAAAACAGUAGCCCAGCAGACAGGUGAACCAGUAGCACAGCCUGCCAAAAGCACAUCAGACACCCCAAAAACCUCCCAUACCAGAAAAAAUGAUACAGGAAAGAAAGAACCAAUCAAAGCCAACUCCUCACCUGCCAGAUUGAAUGAAAACCUGAAGACAAAAACUUCUUGCUUGGAUUCUGAAGCAACUCAAGCCUAUGACUGGUCUUCAAUUCAAAUUACCUCUCCUGACACAAGAACUCACAAACACCUUGCAGAAAGUUGUGAUCCAUCACAGACCAGCAGCCCUGUCACCAGAUCAAAGGUCGAGUUGGACAAUAAUAUUUUGGUGCCAAACCAUCUAAAGAAGUUGAGUUGUGAAGAGGUUUCAGCCCGACUUAAAAACUAUGGAGAGUUGCUGGGUCCUGUCACUAUAGCCACUAAACAGGUCUACCUACGUCGCCUUGCUAGCCUGGAGUCUAACCCUGGUCUGGUGACGCUAACCACUACUUACCCAGAUUACCCACCAGAAAUGAUCCAAGCAUUGAAUGGCAAGUUUGAUUCUGCUGGACUAGACCAUUUAGAAAUGAAGCUGAUCGAGUCAUUCAAUGCCAGCACAGGCCACCAGUGGAGGGAAGGCUGUGCUAAAUCAUCCUUUACUUACCUCCUCCUUGAUCCAAGAGUGACUAAAAAUUUACCUUUGAGAGCUAAAGACAUGACAGAUUUGGAGGUGUUUACAAUCUUCAUCAGUGCCAUUUUUUACAUAGGCAAAGGAAAAAGGUCACGACCCUACUCACAUCUAUUUGAAGCUUGUUCUAAGCUGAACAAAGACACUUCUAGGAUGGGUGCUAAAGUGCAGCAUAUCUUAGGGAUCUGGAGAGAUGGUCUGGGUGUUGUAUCACUGCAUUGUUUUCAGUCAGUUAUUCCUGUAGAAGCUUACACUAGAGAGGCAUGCAUGUUAGAAGCAAUUGGUAUUCACAAAGUGACUAACAUAAGAAAAGGAGAUUUUUAUGGAGCUGCUACUAGUUGGAGUGCACAGCAAAGGAGAAAAAUGGGUGUCUACCUUUUUCAAAAGGCGUUACAGAUCUUUUUAGCUGAAGGGGAACGUCAAAUAUGCAUUCCAGAUCUUAAAAACUAGCAAACAAUUUUUGUUGAAUUAGUUGAGAAUUGUUUUACUUGUGUUACUAUGUUCUAUGUGAAGUUAUCUCCCAUCAUUGUAUUACUACAUUCUAUGUGAAGCGAUUGUCUCCCAUCAUUGUGUUACUACACAUCAUACCCGUUGACCAAUGGCAGCAUAAAUUCCUUUUUUUUAAACAUUUAUUCAUAUUGCCAAGACUGCUGUUUUAAGACUGUUUUAUUUUUGUAUGAUUUUAUUUUUUGUAAAUACAAUUUUU